CAAAAUUUGUCUGAUUCGCGUUGUUCUUAACCCGUUGACAUCCGUGAGGAAAAUUUUAAAAUUCGUUCGUGUUAUUCUCUUGAAAACUUUCGUCAUGAGAGAAUGUAUAUCUAUCCACGUGGGCCAAGCCGGGGUCCAGAUGGGCAAUGCAUGCUGGGAACUUUAUUGCUUGGAGCAUGGUAUCCACCCAAAUGGUCACCUGAUCUGUGACAAACCAAUCGCCGUCAACAACGGGGACGAGUCUUACAACACGUUCUUUAACGAGACCAGCGCGGGAAAACAUGUACCACGUGCGAUUUACGUGGACUUGGAGCCCAGUGUAGUAGACGAGGUCCGCUGCAGCAACUACAAACAACUGUUUCACCCUGAACAACUUAUCAGUGGGAAGGAGGAUGCAGCCAAUAACUACGCGAGGGGACAUUACACUGUAGGCAAAGAGAUCGUCGAUCUGGUGCUCGACAAAAUUAGGAAACUUGCUGACCAAUGCACAGGUCUCCAGGGAUUCCUCGUCUUCCACAGCUUUGGGGGCGGAACCGGAAGUGGGUUUUCUUCCUUGUUAAUGGAAAGAUUGUCAGUUGAUUACGGAAAGAAAUCAAAACUCGAAUUUGCAGUAUACCCAGCCCCUCAGAUAUCAACAGCCGUGGUAGAACCGUACAAUUCCAUCCUAACCACUCACACGACUCUUGAACACUCCGACUGUGCUUUCAUGGUCGAUAACGAGGCAAUAUACGAUAUUUGUCGGAGAAAUCUUGACAUAGAAAGACCCUCCUACAAAAAUCUGAACCGUUUGAUUGGCCAAAUUGUCUCCUCCAUCACAGCCUCACUUCGAUUUGACGGCGCGCUGAAUGUAGAUUUGACCGAGUUUCAAACUAACUUGGUGCCCUAUCCCAGGAUACAUUUUCCUCUAGUUACUUAUGCUCCAAUCAUUUCAGCGGAGAAGGCCUACCAUGAGCAGAUGUCGGUGCAGGAAAUCACCAACGCCUGUUUCGAACCCAGUAACCAAAUGGUCAAGUGUGAUCCACGGAAUGGGAAGUACAUGGCCUGUUGUAUGUUGUACCGUGGUGAUGUGGUUCCUAAAGAUGUCAACGCAGCCAUAGCGACGAUUAAAACAAAGCGCUCAAUAGAAUUCGUGGAUUGGUGUCCCACUGGGUUUAAAGUGGGCAUCAAUUACCAACCUCCCACCAUAGUACCGGGAGAUGACCUUGCGCAGGUCAAGAGAGCCGUGUGUAUGCUGAGUAACACGACCGCCAUAGCCGAGGCUUGGUCCAGACUCGACCAUAAGUUUGAUCUUAUGUAUUCCAAACGUGCAUUUGUACACUGGUACGUCGGGGAAGGUAUGGAGGAGGGAGAAUUUGCGGAGGCUCGAGAAGAUCUUGCUGCCUUGGAGCGGGACUAUGAAGAAGUGGGCGUCGACUCUGUUGAAAAUGGCGCGGAAGAGGACGAGACAGAGGAAUAUUAAAAGGACCAAGAUUUCAUCUCAUAUUUUACGUGUUGACUGUUGUUAUAUAUAUGUUUGCAUAGAAUAAAGGGAGAUUACUGACACACAAUGUAUCACUGAGAAGGGGAACAAACUGUUUCCGAUCGAGAAUGAUAUUUAAUGUAUUUCAAAUUUGAAAACUUGUCUCCAUUAGCUCAAUGUUUAUUGCAUUCCCAAUGUUUGCAACAGUUUACUCUUUUGACAUAUGUAAGUACUAACAUUAAAGGCACCAUACGUGUGUACUAGUAAUUAAUAAGUAUGUUUGCGAUUUGUAAUUCCUUUUUCAUCUUUUGAUUUCAAAUAGAAGCCUUUCGUAUUUGUUCUGUAAUGCUGCUGGAUGCUUGAUAUAUUUAUAACUGUUCAAUGUCUAAGUUGACUAUAGAAUUUAAUCUGUUUUUUAUGCCCCCGUAUCGAAGAUUCGGGGUAUAUAGUUUUUGCCCUGUCCGUCCGUCUGUGUAGCUGUCUGUUUGUCCGCAAAAACUUUAACAUUGCUCUUAAACUUUUGAUUGGUUGGAGCUUUGGCUUUCAUAUUUCACAUGUGUAUUCCUUGUGACAAGACCUUUCCUUGCGUACCAUCAUAUUUGACCUUUUGACCUUGACCUUGGAGUUUGACCCAGUUUUACAAAAUUUUUCCAACUUUAACCUUGGCCGUAACUUUUGAACGGUUUGUGCUAGGGCUUUCAUACUUCAUAUGUGUAGUCCUUGUGACAAGACCUUCCUUUGGAUACCAACAACUUUGACCUUGACCUUGGAGUUUGACCUACUUUUGGAAAACUUAAACCUUGGCCAUAACUUUUGAACAGUUGAUGCUAGGGCUUUCAUUCUUCACAUAUGGUAUCCUUGUGACAAUCCCUUCCUUUAGAUACCAAUAAUUAUAGCCCAUUGACCUUGACCUUGGAGUUUGACCUACUUUUUUGAAAACUUUAACCUUUACCAUUUCUUUUGAACCGUUGGUUCUAGGGCUUUCAUAUUUCACAUAUGCAAUCCUUUUGACAAGACCCUCCUUUAGAUACCAACAAUUAUAGCCCAUUGACCUUGACCUUGGAGUUUGACCUACUUUUGGAAAACUUUAACCUUGGCCAUUUCUUUUGAACGAUUGGUGCUAGGGCUUUCAUAUAUCACAUGUGUAUUUCUUGUGAGAAGGCCUUUCCUUGGGCACCAUGUAUUUUAACCCUGGCCUUGAUGUUUGACUUACUUUUGAAAAACUUUGACCUUUUCCAUAUCUUUUCAAUGAUUGCUGCUAGGGCUUUCAUAUUUCACAGGUGUAUUUUUCGGUACAAGACCUUACUUUAUGUACCAACAUAUCUGAUUUGCAUUUGAGAAAGUUUAACCUUCGCUAUAAGUUGUCAUACGGGGGCAUCAGUGUUUCACAAACACAUCUUGUUUUAAUCUGCUAAGGUCAUCUUUGAGUGCACGUGCACGAGUGAUUAGUCAGAAUUAUUUGCAUUUUGUGUAUUAUGCUCCUCAGUAAUAAAAAAGAAUCGUAUUAUAAAA